AUGGAGAAAUCUUCAUGUUAUGCCAAGAUCCUUUUUAUUAUACUCACUUCUUUUUUUCUCAUAGCCAAUUCUAAAACUACCCUAAAACCACAUAAACCCUGCAAACGACUCGUUCUCUAUUACCAUGACAUCCUUUUCAACGUAACAAAUUCUGCAAACGCUACAUCUGCAAAAGUCUCAAAUCCUCCUAAUGUCCUAGGAGAUUUCAAUUUUGGGAUGUUAGUUGUCUUUGACGAUCCAAUAACAAAAGAUCAAAAUUUGGUGUCAACACCCGUGGCACGAGCUCAAGGAUUUUAUUUAUAUGAUAUGAAGAGUAAGUAUAAUGCAUGGUUUGCUUAUACUUUGGUGUUUAAUUCUAGUGAGUAUAAUGGUACAUUAAAUAUUAUGGGGGCAGAUAUUAUUGAAGAAAAAAAUAGGGACCUUAGUAUUGUUGGAGGGACUGGAGAUUUCUUCAUGGCUAGAGGUGUUGUAACACUAAGUACUGAUGCUGUUGAAGGUUUUGGUUAUUUUCGUCUCAAGAUGGAUAUUAAGUUGUAUGAAUGCUAUUAG